UGUUGUGAGGGGUCGCUGAGGUUCGGUCGUCUUUUAUGUUUCGUUUGUUGUGCUAAAUUGUAAAUGAUAGUGAUUAAAAUACUAUGUUCGUCACAAUAGCCUCGUGGUUUAUAAAAAGUUCCUUGUAAAUCCGUUUUCUCCUUGAAAUUAUUAUUAUCACUCUUAAACUAAGUGUAGCUAAGCUGAGUCGGUUAUUAAUACCACUAAAAAUGAAUGACACAGGCUGUAUACAUUUAAACAAUUUUAAAGCUGCGAAAGGCACAAGUCCAUAUCGGAUUGUGCAUGCAUUUUUUGUUUCGUGUACAUCCUUUGAAGCUAGAAGAUACAAGGCUACAUCAUGUUUGUGUUUUGCUUGUGGUCAGCCAGGACCAAGGAUGCAUUCUUGUCUUCACUGCAUAUACUUUGCCUGUUAUGCUGGUCACAUGCAAGAGCACUCUAAAACCAAAAAACAUUUUCUUUAUGUCGACUUGAGUUAUGGAAAUGUGUUUUGUGCGCAGUGCCAAGACUAUAUAUAUGACAGAGAACUUACUGAAAUUGCAACAACACAUAGAUUGAAAGAAGCUAAGGCGUUAGGGAUGAGUGUGCCGUUCACUCCCUGGAUACCUAACAAUAAUGAAGCAAUGGCUCUCCGUCGCCUGCGGAAAAGGCGUAUGAUCGGCCCCCACACAACCAUUGGUUUACGAGGUCUACAGAAUCUUGGCUCCACUUGCUUCAUGAAUUGCAUCGUUCAAACAUUAAUCCACACACCCCUGCUAAGAGAUUACUUCCUCGGUGAGAAGCAUAAGUGCAAAGCGCAGAGUUCCGGGAAAUGCCUCGUGUGCGAGGUAUCGAAGCUCUUCCAGGAAUUCUACUCUGGCGCCAAAACGCCGCUCACCCUGCACCGACUGCUGCAUCUAAUAUGGACGCACGCGCGCCACCUGGCCGGCUACGAACAACAGGAUGCACACGAAUUCUUCAUAGCCACACUUGACGUGCUUCACAGGCAUUGCAUGAACGGGGUAGAAGAUAACGGAGAAAAGAAGGAGAACGGCCGAUGUAAUUGUAUAAUCGAUCAAAUAUUCACGGGCGGAUUACAGAGCGAUGUUGUGUGCACGUCGUGUUCCGGCGUUUCCACAACCAUUGACCCGUUCUGGGACAUAAGUCUCGACGUCGCCGGCCCUUCUGGGUCCCUCCAGGGCUGCCUGGAACGUUUCACUCGCGCCGAACAUCUGGGAUCUGCCGCGAAGAUCAAAUGCUCGAAUUGCAGAGCGUAUCGGGAGUCCACUAAACAACUCACUUUAGAAACCUUGCCGAUAGUGGCCAGCUUCCAUCUAAAAAGAUUCGAGCAUUCGUCGCAAAUCGAUAGGAAAAUAUCAACGUUCGUCUCGUUUCCGGACGUGUUGGAUAUGACGCCGUUCAUGUCGUCGCAUCGCAGGGCCGUGGACGCCGCCGACAAUAACAAUGCCCCGGAUGGGAUUUUCGAAGAUAAUCGGUAUUCGUUGUUCGCUGUGGUGAACCACUUGGGCUCGCUGGACGCGGGGCAUUACACGGCGUACGUGAGACAGAUGCAAGGGAGCUGGUACAAGUGCGAUGAUCACAUGAUCACUAGCGCCUCGCUGAAGGAAGUGUUGGAUAGUGAGGGGUACCUGCUCUUCUACCACAAAACAGUCCUGGAGUAUGAUUGCGACGUUUCAUAAAUUCUAGAUAAUGAAUACAUAAUGUCCUUAUGUGUAAUGUAAUAAGUAUUAUGCGUCUUAAAUACUAGCCUGUUUUUUCAAUAUAUUUUUUUAGCACUAAAUUCAUCCAAUUGAGUAAAAUCUUGAUUCAUCGUAUCAAGAAGAAUAUUAAAGUCUAAAGCAAAUAUUCGAUAACCACUUUAGUAGGACUGAAUUUCACCAUGAAAUAUAUAUCUAUAUAUAUAUGCAUAUGUAUUCAAAUGAACUUACUUGACGUUUUUAUCUUCUUCAAAGUGUUAUAUAUGUUAUUAGAACGUAGGAGAUAAGUUUCUUAGACCAUGCUUUAUAUUUAUGACUAGCGCGAAUCAAUCACGAAUUUGUUAGUUUAUAAGCUUUAAUGUGUGUAUUCACAAGAUAAAUGUGAACAAUAUGGACUGAAGAAUUCUCAACUAAUAUUUUAGUUAUAUAUCGCUUUAUUGAGCUAGGACGUACUAGUAAUUGUUUGCGAAGUAAAUCUGUAAUCUGUGGUAAGAUUUCUUAUAAAUGUUUUAUAAUUUUAAUUAUUGCAAUUACAAUUUUUCUUUAUCGGAAUAUGUAUCAUAAAAUUCUUUUUCAAUUGUUUGUCCCUU